AUGGUGGUGUUGGUGCUACUGUUGGUAGUCGUGGCGAGCCGAGUUAGCGGUCACACGGUGCUGUUGGCCACGAUGGGCGGGACGCGCUCGCACACCGUGCCCUUUGUCGCGCUGGGCACGGCUCUGGCCCGGCGCGGCCACAACGUCACUCUGGCCAGCGCCUUUCCCGGCCCGGCGGCCAACAGCGGCCUACGCGAACUCGUACCCCCGAAGCUAGAGGUGUACGUGGGCAAUUACACGUCCGAGUGGGACCUGGUGGGCUCGAGGUUUCGGGACGAGUUGCCCCUGUCGCCGUGGGACGCGAUGCGUUACGGCUGGGAGGCGUGCGAGGCCCUGCUACAGGAUCCCUUUUCCGUGCGCGAGAUCCAGAGGCCCGAGGGGAGCUUGCGAGCCCGGUGGGACGUGGUCGUGCUCGACGGCGCGUAUCCCGAGUGCCUACUCGGGCUGCUCCACGGCCAACAGGUGCCCACUGUCAUGCUCAACACGGUGGCCCUGUACAGCGGCUCGAUCGCCAGGCAGGGCAACCCGUCACCCUGGGCCAUACGACCCUACUUUGGGAAGGCUCUCACCCAAGACAUGAACUUUGCCCAGAGGCUGCUCAACGCCGGCUACCUCAUGGCCCUCGAGGUCAUGUACUGGAUCAUGGUGACCGGCUUCAUCCAGCCCACUUUGCGCAAGUACUUGGGUGAUCAGGUGCCCGACGUCCGAGACCUGGUGUCCGAAGUACCGCUGACGCUGCAGAACAACCACUACUCGGUCUCCGACUCCGCGCCCUACCUGGCCAACGUGGUCAACGUCGCCUGCAUACACUGCAGACCCCCGAUGACACUCAGCACGGAGCUCGACGCCUUCUUGAGCCGAGGUUUCAUCUUCGUGUCGAUGGGCUCGUCGGUGAAGGCCUCGGGUAUGCCGGAGGCCCUGCGCAAGACCUUCGUCGCCGUGUUCUCGACCCUACCGUACAACGUCGUGUGGAAGUGGGAGGGCGGCAAGAUCGAGAACCUACCGAGCAACGUGAGAACGGCCGCCUGGUGGCCCCAACAGGAGCUCCUCGGCCAUCCCAAGCUACGCGCCUUCGUCUCCCACGGGGGUUUGCUGUCCCUACACGAGGCCGCCUACCACGCGGCGCCCACCCUCGUCCUGCCCGUCUUUUGCGACCACGACGGCAACGCCGCCCAAGCAGAAAAGCUGGGCUACGCGCUAGUGAUGGAUUUGGCGAGUCUGACGAUAUCGGAGCUGCGGGAGAACGUGGUCAAGGUGGCCGCGGGUGGUAAGAAUCCGUACAGGGAUGCAGCUAAAACGAGGAGCCUGCUGAUGAAGGACACGCCGAUGGACGCCAAGGAGAUGGCGGUCUGGUGGGUCGAGCACGUGGCUCGGCACAAGGGGGCCCACCACCUCAAGAGUACCGCCAGCUGA